AUGGUAAAGGUCAUACAGGGCACCUGGAUCAAUAUGGACUGUCCAGCAGAGAGGUACUCUGUAGUGGGCCAACACGUAACUCGCAGCGACGUUCAAGGCUGCCGCCACUUCACUUUAUGCUGGGAUCCGAGAAGGAAGCAGCUGCAAUGGGGCACACAGGGCAGGCUUUACCUGGCCUGCCUUGGUGAUGGCAUGGUUGCGUGGGUCCCCAGCAGGUAUAGCUCUCGAGCCUGGCGUUGGCAACGGGUAGCAGCUCCGCUGCCGCAUCCCCAGAGACCGCCACACUCGCUGCCGCUGUGGACGCCGCUGCCAUGUCAACAAGGAUUCGCAGCUCAUCCUACAGUGCGAGCCGACCAAGCUAUGGCCAACUACGGUCCCUGGCGGAGGCCCUACGGCGCUGCGCUUCGCAGCUGGGCACCGGGCUAUGCAGGUGGCCGCCCUGAUUUCCCGCAACGCCGAAAUCAUUGCCACUACGGUUAUGGUGCCCGCGGCUUCCAUGGCAACCGCAAUAUACAAGGUCUGAACCUGGAGAGGGAUUCUCGCCUGGCCUGUGGACUCUCGAGUUCGGAGGUCUUUGAUCUCCUGUUCCGGGAUAUCACUCCGGAUGACUACGAGACCCUGCUCCGCCUUGACGAGUCCGUCUCAAGGCCCACCGCAAGCGCCUCCUGCAUCAACAACUUGAAGAAGGUCCCUGGCAAGGAUCUUGUGGGCGAGACGUGCUCGGUCUGCUUGGUGGCCUUCGACGACAGCGAUGUGGCUGCGGCACUGCCGUGCGGGCACCACUUUCACUUCGACUGUGUGAGCAAGUGGCUGGCUGAGUGCCGCUCUGCCUGUCCACUCUGUGGCGAAGACAUCGCAGCCUGCGCAUCUGCCGCAUCCGUGUCCGUGGGGACGGAAGCAAAGUCCGGCAGAGAAGAACUUUUGCCGGAGAGGGAGAGGUCAAGUGCCUCAACAGAUCGCGUUUAA